UCGAGAGGUGCUCGAUCCCGGGUUAGACGUACACAGAGCAAAGAAUCAUUUUGGAUCUUGCUCGCUGUCACCUUGACAUUCGUUGGAGAAGCGGCAGCUAGUGGCGCUCAAAGCUUAGUCCAUCGAAGUCCGGUUCCUCAACACCAUAUGAUAUACAUAUCAACCUCGCUCUGUGUUUGGGGAUUCAUGACAGUAUCGUUCUCCUCACCUCCGAUGUGGCAUGUCUACCUUGGCACCUGGCUCCUCAGUACUGUUCUCGACAUAACCCUUUUUGGCCUCUCCGUCACCACCUAUGACUGGAAUGAUCCCUGGAAUGUUGCCUUGGCCUCUAUCCAGCUCGUCAGGCUUAUACUUCUCAUCACCUUACUCCUUGCUGUGAUUUUCAGGCUCAACACAUCCAUGGAUCUGAAAGACAGCAUCGGCGAGGAGAGUCAACCUUUGAUGAGGGAUGGUUAUGAUGGAAUGGACAGCUCUUCGCAGGCCAACGUCCCAUACGGCACCCUUAACUCUUCGUCCACAACGUUAAGCACCGACGACGAAGAUGAAGAUGAAGAUGAAGAUGAAGACGAUAGGAAGAUGCGGAAAAUCCAAAAGCGUCGUCUGGAAGAGCAAGGCGGCUGGUGGGGAUAUCUUAAGGGCUUUAAGAUACUCCUUCCGUACAUCUGGCCCUCUAACAACCGGCGAAUGCAGCUUUGGUUGGUCGUCAUGGGUCUAUCAAUUGCAGCGGAGCGUGUAUUCAACGUACUUAUCCCUCGGCAAAUGGGGAUUAUUGUCGAUGCGCUUGCGAAGACAAGCACAACCGGAUACUUUCCAUGGAAGGAGCUGCUUAUUUGGGCCGCGUUACAUAUAAUCAACGUCUCGGCCGGCUAUGAACUUUUCAAAUCACUGGCCAGCUUCCGCAUCUCUUCAUAUGCCUACAGGCAACUCACAGCGGCAGCUUUCAAACACGUCAUGAGCCUCUCAAUGGACUACCAUACCGGAAAGAGCACCGGGGAUCUUUUGAAAGCGAUUGAGCAGGGUUCCGACAUCAACUCGAUCCUGGAAGCAUUCCUCUUUCAGGGUGGACCGCUGAUAAUAGACCUUAUUGUUGCGGCUGUCUACCUUUCCUCGGUCUUUGAUGUUUACAUGGCAUUUAUUAUAGCCAUCACCACCGGCUCUUAUAUCUAUCUUGGCAUCCAAGGUACAAAAUACCUGAACCCUAAAAGACGGGAUCACAAUGCCAAAAGCCGCAAAGAAAACGAGAUUCUUUACGAUUCGGUUAGCAACUGGCAGACAGUGUCUUACCACAACCAGCAUAAGUUUGAACAGGAGCGAUACGCCAAAGCCGUCGAGGCUAACACGACAGCCGACCUUGCGUACUGGGACUCGUUCAGUUACAUUGAGUCAGCCCAGUCAUUCAUCAUGAUCCUUGGCCUCUUAGUCGCCAGCUUCUUUGCAGCGUCUAGGAUCUACACCGGCAUAGCGCCCAUUGGCGACUUUGUCCUUCUAGUCACGUACUGGAACUCGAUCGAGUCGCCGCUCGGAAACCUGAUCUUCACCUUCCGGCAAACGGCGUCUCACUUCAUCAGCGCGGAGCGACUGCUCGAGCUGCUGCAGACGAAGCCGACAGUAGCGGACAAGACGAACGCCAAGGACCUGGAACUCAAAGACGGGCGCGUCGAGUUCUCGGGCGUGUCGUUCGCGUACGACGCGCGCAAGCCCAUCCUCAAGGACUUGAGCGUGGCCGUGGAGCCCGGGCAGACGGUCGCGCUGGUGGGCGAGACGGGAGGCGGCAAGUCGACGACGUUCAAGCUGCUGAUGCGCUUCUACGACGUGGCGAGCGGCAGCGUGCGCAUCGACGGGCAGGACGUCCGCGACGUCACGCUCAGCAGCGUGCGCGCCGCGUUCGGGGUCGUGCCGCAGGACCCGUCGCUGUUCAAUGACACGAUCAUGAACAACAUCCGGUACGCGUGCCCGGGGGCGCCGGACGAGGCCGUCUUCGCCGCGUGCAAGGCCGCCGCCAUUCACGACAAGAUCCUCUCGUUUGCCGAUGGCUAUGCGUCGAAGAUCGGCGAGCGCGGCGUCCGCCUCAGCGGCGGCGAGCUCCAGCGCGUCGCUAUUGCGCAGGUCAUCCUGAAGGCGCCGAAGAUCGUCUUGCUGGAUGAGGCGACUAGCGCUGUUGAUUCGAGCACGGAGAAGGAGAUCCAGGAGGCUUUUAGACGCUUGAGUAAGGGAAGGACGACGUUUGUUAUCGCGCAUCGGCUGUCGACGGUUAUGCAUGCGGAUUUGAUCCUCGUUAUUAAUGAUGGCCGGAUUGUCGAGCGUGGGUCGCAUGCUGAGUUGUUGGAGAUGAAGGGGGAGUAUCAUGCGCUGUGGUCGAAGAACACGGGCGAUAUUUAGGAGGGAGUGGUUGGAAGAUGGGCUUUUGGGGUGCGUGCUUGUAGGUUUUGGAUGGAAUGUUGGAAGUGAAAAAUUUUGGUGUUUGGUUUUGGUUGGUCGAAGGUAUUGGAGUUCUUGGUCUCUUCGUGUAGUAUAGAAGUGUUCAUUUGUGUGUUGGUAGGGGAUUGCCUAUAUAUAUCUCAUUCAAGGAUGGUUU